AAGACACGGUCUGUGGGAACACAGACAGUGGAAUGUAAAGUGUCCGCCAUUUCUGUUGCUACACAGUUGGCCCGGGGAACACUGAAAUCGGCACAUGUGAGAAGCAAAGGCAUCCAGGCCACGGUGUCUUUCAAAAGUGUUGGCACUAAAACUUCCACCGACACAGAAAUCCCCUUGUCCUCUACACCAAUAAAGGGCCCAGGAUUGGGACCUAGCAAGAGACCUCGACUAGAGUUGGAGCAGGAACAAGGAGAGACUUCGAUUGAAUUUGAAGAGACUCUGGAUUCGAGUUACCACCCUGAUGAUACUGUAGAAGAAUCUGACGUAUCACUUCAGACACGAUCCACGCACAGUGACGCAAAGUACAUUGUGUUUGAAAGCUGCUUCGGACAGCUGUUUGAAAAAUGUCCGUUUUGUAAGACAGACUGUGAUGUCCAAAAACGAAAAAAUGGGACUUUUGUGGCGUUCAAACAGCGUUGUCCAAACUGCACUUACUUCAGACAAUGGGAGAGCCAGCCCAUCAUUGGAAGUACCCCGGUUGGCAACUUACAAUUAUCUGCUGCUACAUACUUCACUGGUGCUUCCUUCUUCCAACUAAAAAAGAUAUGCAGAGCCAUGCAGCUGGAGAUCUUCCAGUAUGAGACCUUCAGGAGGCAUGCUAGGCAUUAUCUGGAGCCUGCUAUUAUCCACAAGUGGAAAACUGAUCAGCUGAAGAUUUUCCAGCAACUACACCACCAGGGGGGAAAGGUCACAGUUGCAGGAGAUAUGAGAGCAGACUCUCCAGGCCACUCAGCUAAGUUUGGGAGCUACACACUAAUGCACCUGGGAAGCAACACCAUUGUGGACUUCCAGCUUGUUCAGAGCAAUGAAGUAGGUGGUAGUUACCACAUGGAAAAGGAGGGACUCAAAAGAUGCCUAGAUCAUCUGGAGUCAAACGAUUUGGCGGUUGAGUACAUUGUGACUGACCGUCAUCCACAGAUCCAGAAGUUUCUGAGGGAACGCAACAUAGAACAAUUCUAUGAUGUCUGGCACUUUGAAAAAGGUUUGUCCAAGAAACUUGUGAAACUUUCACAGAACAAGGACUGCAAGUUGUUGAAGAGGUGGCUGCAGAGCAUAAAAAACCAUGUGUACUGGAGUGCGACGAGUACAACCUCGGGGCCGGAUAAGGUGGCAAGGUGGACGUCAGUGGUCAACCACCUACAAAACAUCCACGUGCAUGACGACCCCUUAUUCCCCAAGUGUGAACAUCCUGAAAGAGCCACAACGGAUGAAAAUAAAUGGCUAAAACCUGAUUCAAUAACACUCCACAAAGUUGAGAAAAUACUCAACAACAAGAGAGUUCUCAAAGAUGUGCAAAAGCUAAGCCAUCACUACCAGACCUCAUCCCUGGAGUCGUUCCACAGCUUGAUUCUGCGUUUUGCCCCCAACAAUGUGGUUUUUCCCUUCAUGGGAAUGUUGUGCAGCAGCCAUGCAUCACAACGAGAAUGCUGACCGUGAGCAAGACACAACAGCUGCAGGACUACCUGUGUACAGAUUGGCCUAUCCAAAAUCAAGGAGGGGAGAAUGCACAGCAAAGCCUGUAAAGAAGGAGCCUACAUACAUGUACGUGGGUGAGCUGAUGAGGCUGGUGUUUGAAGAAGUCUUUGAGGACCCAACACCCUUUGUGGAGGAGAUGAAUAAAAUCAACAUCCCAAAGGACCUGUCCACUCAAUUUGACAGGCCCUCAAAGGAGGAAGUGGUAGCCCGCCAUGUCUCACGUUUUAGUCUAGGGGCGGUCGGAAGCCCACGUACUGUCCAGCCAGAUCAGGGAACUCCUGGCGUAUCCGGCGGACCACACACGACGGGAUGACCACUCUGAUUCCUCGUCCCAAAAAGCCCCAGCACCAGCUUACGAAGCUGCGAUAGGCCAGAUGCCUAAAACGCCUAUAAGAGGAGGAAUGGAUGAUAACAUAUAUGUGCUGUCCUGUUUUUCACCCUUACCCUCUGGCUGCUUGAACAACUGAAUUUCCCCACAGGGAUUAAUAAAGGUCCAUCUUAUCUCAUACAGUGUAUAUAUACACAUGAUCAAUUUGUACAUUUAUCAAAAUAAAGUUUGAUGGAACUACUU